UUGUAUAUCCAGCGUAAGUAUGAAUAGAUAGUUUUCGACAUUUAGUUCACAGUUUGAAUAAAUUUAUUUUCUUACAGUCUUAUUGGAUUAGCCUUCUCAGGCUCCAUUGGUAUGACAUUUCUAGUAUUGGCUUGUGCCUUGCCCCAGUAUGGCAACUGGUGGCCAUUUUUUAUGGUAGCGUUUUAUUUGUUGGCACCUCUUCCUGUUGUGUUUUCACGAAGAUAUGGAGAUGGGACAGGAAAUACAAACCCUUGCCGUGAGAUUGCCCUGUUCAUUACAGCAUGCAUUAUUGUGUCUGCCUUCAGCCUCCCCAUUGUUCUAGCCAGAGCUCCAGCAACAGCACCAGUGAUUGCGUGGGGUUCAGCAGGUUUAGUUAUCACGGCCAAUAUUGUAGUAUUUCUCACUAUCUUGGGAUUUUUCCUCGCUUUUGACAAUGACGACGUGGAUUAUAGCAUGUGGUGAGAAUUCUUGUCAAAGGUGCCAACAAGUCCCUAUCUGUGUAAAUAGAGCUACAUUUUGGUUUGGUUGUUUAAAAAUCUGAAUUUCUCGAACUCGUCGAGCGGACACUUCU